AUGCCGGACUUUGAUAUAAAGCAAACGUAUCUCAAGUUCUUGGAAGAUGAUCCGGAGAUGACCAUGCCUGUUGCGGCUAUUGAGUCAUUGCUAACUAUGCUCAAGGUGAAACAACCAUCUACAUCAUCUGAAUUAAUCAGGCUUUUAUCCGACGCCACUACAGAGCUUAAAGCAUCAGUGAAAAACAGUGUCUCUUUGAGUGCAGGGUGUGAUUUGUUUACUCGGUUUGUCUUGAGAAACACACAUCUUUACUCAGAUUGGGAGUCGUGUAAGAAGCACCUUGUGGAGAACGGUCAGCUUUUCCUUUCGAGGGCGAAAGAGAGUAGGGAUAUGAUAGCCAAGAUUGGUUUCCAUUUGAUUAAAGAUGACGACACUGUUUUGAUUCACUCGUACUCGAGAGUUGUUUUGUCAUUGCUUGCAUACUCGAAGUCGAAGUUUGUUCGAUUUCGUGUUUUUGUCACGGAGGCUAGACCUGGCUCUGACGACGGAAAGAACGGGAAGGACAUGGUGGAUGCUCUAAAGAGCUUGGGCAUUCCGUCAUGCUUUAUUCACGAUUCCCAGGUUGGGUUUGUGGUGAACAAAGUGGACAAGGUGUUUAUGGGUGCGGAAGGUGUCAGUGAAAGUGGAGGGAUCAUCAACCACGUUGGGUCGUACCAGAUUGGGGUGCUGGCGAAGAAUGCUAACAAGCCAUUGUAUGUUGUUUCUGAAUCUCACAAGUUUGUGAGAAUGUUCCCAUUGUCGCCGGACGAUGUUCCAGGAAACAAGCUUGAGUUCACGACGAAUCCGGAGAUUGGGCUCUUGGAGGACGCCAAUAUUGACUUCACACCACACCAGUACAUAACGGCGUUGGUCUCGGACUUGGGAGUGUUGACGCCGUCUGCGGUCUCGGAGGAGUUGAUCAAGAUGUGGUACGAUUAA